AUGUGCCAACAAGUUGUCGCCGCUAACAGCAACCGCAACGUCAACGUCAACAACAACAACAACAGCAGCAGCAAAAUGAAGGCCAGCUACAGCAUCAAGCACGUCUUGAAGAUGCUCUUCAAGAAGCAGCAAAAGCAACAACAACAGUGCAAAUUGGUCAACUUCAUCGAAUCGGAAUCUGUCGAGAAUCUGCGCAAUGCCGAAGUCGAAGAAGUCUACUAUGCCGAGAUCGAUGAGAACGCCGCCAAUGAGAAACUCGCUCAGAUGCAGCAAGAAAAUCAAUCCGAGCAGGGGGAGGAGGAGGAGCAGGACAUCUAUGUGCCUGUUCGAUUUGCUCGCACCGAGGCCGGCACUUUCUUCUGGACCACCAACUUGCAGCCCAUCUCCAGCGUUGUUGUCCCCGCCGCCGAUGAGGAUUUGCUGCAACCCGCCUACUGCUACACCAACCAACAGCAUCCGUUCAUGCAAUACCAGGAUCGUUGGGUGCAGGCCUAA